AUGUCACAACAAAAUUUUCAAUUAAAAUGUUCAAUUUGUUUAAAAACUAUCACAAAUUAUAGAAAUAUUACAAAUAAUCUUAAAUUUAAAAUUGAUAAUUGUCCUGAUAAAGAAUAUUAUCAACAACUUCAGCCUAAUAUUGAUAAAUUAUGUUUUAAUUGUUAUAUGAGAAUUAUAAAUUCUUAUCAAUGCCAAAUAUCAACAAUAAAUAGAAAUGAUGAAUUAAAUAGUUUAAUAGAAAUAAAUUUAACAGAAAUUAGCAAAUUUAAUAGUCCUACAAAUUUAAUAGAAGUUGAUGAUUUAAUGAAAAUUAGCAGAUCUAAUAGUCCUACAACUUUAAUAGAAAAUAAUAAUUUAGUAAAUUUAAUAGAAUUAAUUAAAAUUCAAAAGGAAGAAUUAAUUAAAAAUAAUUUAAAUGAAAUUAAUCAAUAA